GGGAAUGAAUGCAUACAGUAUGAAAGUGAUGGUCAGGUAUUGAGAAACUUUAGAUAUAUAGUGUAACAAUGAAAUGUGACCAAAUCAACUAUAAAUACAUUAAAGUUAACAGUGUUUCCAGGGCAUUAAGAUGAUGGAUUUGUGGCACAGACUGAUGGUGUUUGGGAACCGACAUAAGCGUCUAAGGCCAUACAUACGGAGGCGCGCGCUGUGACAUACGUGGAAAAACAAAAAAGAUGUGAGCCUUUGGUGCAGCUGCAGAUCCCCUCUUACUCGUGCACUUGUUGCUGCGUGGAGAACACGUGACCGCCCUGCGCUCCGAAGAGGCGUCAUAAAUAUGCAGAGCGCGCACGGGAUCCACAGCCCUGAGCCGCGCGCACACACACACACACAGAGGCGCGCGCUCCGCUCUCAGUGCGGCUGCAUUACAGUCAGACUUUACACCUUCAGCUGAGCUCCGUGAUGUGAGCGCGCACUUUUGCUUUUCUGCUCUGCAUUUGUCAAGAGUUUCUUUUUUUCGUGUUUGAUGUGAUUGGAUUAAUCUUCGAAGACAACCGGAGAACCCAAAAAAUCUGUGGGAACUAUGUGAAGAUUUUGUGACACAUCCUUGGCCACAGCGUUCCCUUCUCGGCGGCAGACAUGAAGUCUGUUCUGGAUGGCGUGGCAGACACCACCUUCAGGACCAUCACCUCUGGUCUCCAAUACCUUGGGUCCAAUGACGCCAGCUACGAUGAUGCCACUAUCGACGCUGAUUUUGUCAAAGGCAGCUACUCAUUUCAGAAGCCACCAUCUGCAUUCCGCAGCAGCUCCUUCCCGGAUAAAGUGGGGCCGGAUGAGGAACUAAUCGUUAAAGGGCUUCCUUUUUAUCCCACCAAUGGCACAGAUCUGUUUGGGAACCAGAGUCUGGGGGAGGAUGGGGCUAGUGUACAGUGUGGAGAGAACUUCAUGGACAUGGAGUGUUUCAUGAUCCUGACUCCAAGCCAGCAGCUGGCAGUAGCGGUCAUGUCUCUGACACUGGGAACCUUCACGGUUCUGGAGAACCUUGUGGUCCUGUGUGUGAUAUUGCACUCACGCACACUGCGCUGCAGACCUUCUUAUCACUUCAUUGGUAGCCUGGCCAUUGCAGAUUUGCUGGGCAGUGUCAUUUUUGUCUACAGUUUCUUAGACUUCCACAUCUUUCACCGCAAAGAUAGUCCAAACAUAUUUUUGUUUAAGCUUGGAGGUGUCACAGCGUCCUUUACCGCCUCUGUUGGGAGUCUCUUUCUCACAGCCAUCGAUCGAUAUAUCUCAAUCCAUCGCCCGCUGGCCUACCGACGCAUCGUGACACGAACCAAGGCAGUGAUUGCUUUCUGCAUGAUGUGGGCCAUUUCCAUCAUCAUUGCAGUGCUUCCACUUAUUGGAUGGAACUGCAUACGCUUAAACUCUGUGUGUUCGGACAUCUUCCCUCUCAUUGAUGAAAACUACCUGAUGUUCUGGAUUGGUGUGACCAGCAUCCUUUUGAUUUUCAUCAUCUACGCAUACAUGUACAUCCUGUGGAAGGCCCACCACCAUGCCGUACGAAUGCUUAGUCGGACCUCACAGAAAAGUCUGGUGGUUUACAACACGGAUGGCACCAAGGUCCAGACCACCCGACCUGAGCAAGCCAGGAUGGACAUUCGCCUCGCCAAGACGCUUGUUCUCAUUCUGGUGGUCCUGGUGAUCUGCUGGGGCCCCUUGCUGGCCAUCAUGGUGUAUGACCUUUUCUGGAAGAUGAAUGAUGACAUCAAGACAGUGUUUGCUUUCUGUAGCAUGCUCUGCUUGCUCAACUCCACAGUGAACCCCAUCAUUUAUGCACUGAGGAGUAAAGACCUGCGCCGGGCCUUUAUGGCCACCUGCCAAGGUUGCAGGAGCAGCAGCAGCAUCACACAGCAGUUAGACAACAGCUUGGAGUCGGACUGCCAGAACCGCAACCUGCAUAUCCAUGCCAACCGAGCGGCCGAGAGCUGUGUCAAGACCACUGUGAAAAUAGCCAAAGUGACCAUGUCCGUCUCUACCGAAACUUCGGCUGAAGCCGUCUAAGGCAUCAGACAGUUCUGGGGCAUGAAUAAGGGGAAGGAAUGAUAAAAGCCAUGUGCUAAAUAUUGGCAUGAGAGUGUGUCCAUUUCAAGUUCAAUUGUUGCUCAGCUUGUCAAACAAGACAAUUCAGUACUAUAACAGACAAAAGGGUUCAAAUGCAGCACAAACGGGGCUCAUUCAUUUCCAUUGUUGGAUGAUGUGUGCCACUGAGGCAUCUUAGUGUUAAAAGUGCCAAAAUAGUUCUCCAAAGUGAGAGCAUCGUUCUCAAUCAUGGCAUCAGUUCUUGUAUUGGGACUCUUACUGUGCUUGGUUGUGCCAUUCUUAUUAAUCAUAUCAAUCAUGUGCGGAUGUCGUGAAUGUUCUCAUGAAGGCUUAAUAUAUUUUUAUACUUUGAAAAAUCAGGUUCUUGAACAAUUAUAUCUUCUGUCAUUGGGACAAGGGGCUAUUGAUCUUUUUAGUAUGAAAAUGUUUAAGAUGUACUGUAUGUAGAUACUGUAAAUACCUGGUAAUGUACACUGUACUAUAUGUAUAAUCCGUUCAGUAUAAUCUGUGAGAUAAGUAUGUAAUGAUAGAGAAAAAUUCAAAUGUUGAAACUCCAGAACAAAUAUAUACGGUAACAUGAAAAGUGUGAAUAUUGACUUGAAUAUUGUUCAUUAUUGUAUUUAUGUGGUGUUGUUCUGAGCUCUAUAGGACUCUUAUCCCAUUUUUGGGUCUCCUCACUUAUCCUGACUGUUCCAGAGACAGAGGUGUGUUUUGUUCUUUUGUUUUUUGGUGGAUCGACUGUUUAGUUAACAAAAAUUGAUGCAGUUUGUCGUUUUAGUGCAUGACGUGCUGGUUUAUUGGAUCCAGGAUUAAUUCAGGGGGAAGAUAAUGGCAGACGUUUGUGGACGUUUCCCUGCCAGACCAAGGAAUACUUUCUUUGUCCAAGCACAUAGGUUACAGUACACAAUAGGAGCAGAGAAAGACACGGACAUUUUCUAGUUACAAAAAAAAGGUGUAAAUCUUGCUAUUCAGUAAUAAUAUUAAACUGUAAUGUGGUGUUUUUCUUGUGGUUUCUGUUACAAAUGUGGCCAAAAACAGGCCAGUUCCUGUUAUGUCUUUUUCUGCGGAACAUUUAAAAGUCUCUGGAAUAAUGAUUUUUAGGAUGUUGAGGACGGAGGAUGUCGAUAUGUUUAAACGGCAAUACCAAUAUCUUGAGGAGAUAAAAGAAUAUACAUCAGCCAGAGACUGAAAAUAAAACAAUCCAGCUGUAACAUGUUUCAUGUAUUGUGAUAAUAAUAAUAAUAAUAAUAAUAAUAAUAAUAAUAAUAAUAAUAAUAAUAAUAAUAAUAAUAAUAAUAAUAAUAAUGAAGAAAUCAGUCAGAAACUGUUAUGUAUAGCAUUUUUUUUCUGUUUACUAAAAAAAAAAAACAUUUGCACGGUUGGGUUAACAUUGUGGUGUGCUGGAUACACCUCAGAUAAACGUGUUAAAAAAUUGCCGCAGUCAAGUCACGAAAUAGACAUAAUAAUGACAUAGAACCUAUUUUUACUUCCUAAAGCACGGUGAAUAACCUUCCUAUUAUAGGACUGAGGUCCUCUAAAUAUAGCAGAUUAAUUCUAUUCACAAACUCUUGUUCAUGAUUCUACGUGGAAUAACAAACGUUCCCCAGUUUAAUUCAUGUCAUUCUUUCUCACUUUAAAUAGUUAUACAUUUGCACAAAUUUAAGCCGAGCAAAGGAAUACUUUUAAUCUGAGGCUCAGAACCAGCCAUCUGUAAACCUGACUGUCGAAGUGUUUUAUUGCCAUUAUGAAGGACUUCAGUGUUGUUUUUAUGUCAGUUACUAUUAGCCGAAUAGCUGACGUCUACCAUGAUCCUUAACCUCCUUGCUGACUGUCUGCUUUUUUCUGCCAUCGUUGUCUGUGGAGUGGAGAUUAAACACCACAAAACCUUCAAAUGGCUUCUGUUUCCAAAAUGGCACAUAAUCUAAACAUCUGAAAAUAUUGAUGCUGUGACAACUUGUAAUUAAUGCUUUGCCAUGUGGUCUGUUUUAAGAUUUUCAAUAAAGUCACAACUGACCAUCACC